AUGGAGGAAGGUUUUGAAGUUGAAGCCUCUAGGCCAAUACCACACUGGCGGCUGCUGGUUGACCAAUCCCGCAUCACACGGGCGGUUGUAUCCCACCAGUACAACGGCAAGGGAACUGAGGAGGAUCCCUUCAUUGUGUGCUGGAUUCCAUCCGACCCCGGAAACCCUAUGGAGUUCUCAACGUUCAAGAAGUGGUUUCUCAGUGGGAUUGCUGCUAUGUGUAUGUUGGCAACAGCUUUCACUUCUAGUGCUUUCAGCGGAGGCAUGCGGGAGGCCAUAGACAGUUUUGAUGCCAGUACGGAAGUCGCUACCCUAGGUGUGUCGUUAUUCGUACUUGGCUUCGCCGUGGGACCGCUUCUCUGGGCGCCCUUGAGCGAGAUGUAUGGUCGUCAGGUCAUAUUUGCCAUUACCUACGGUGCCUUCGCCGCAUUUAACGCCGGCGCGACUGGAUCUAAGAAUAUACAGACUCUUCUGGUCCUUCGCUUCUUUGCUGGCGCUUUCGGGUCGUCGCCUUUGACCAAUGCUGGAGGUCAGAUUGCGGACAUGUUCGAUGCAUCCGAGCGUGGUCUUGCUAUGGGUCUCUUUGCCCUCGCUCCGUUCCUUGGGCCUACCAUCGGCCCUAUCGCAGGUGGAUUCCUCGGCCAAUCCAAAGGUUGGGUCUGGAUUGAGGCUUUGAUGGCUAUCGUUUCUGGUGUGAUGUGGCUGCUGGGACUCAUCUUCAUUCCAGAGACCUAUACGCCAGUACUCCUCAGGAAACGUGCACAGACACUCUCCUCGAUGAGUGGUAAAGUGUAUCGAGCAAAGACAGACAGUGGAGGGGAGAAAACUGGCUGGCACGCACUUAGCACUGCUCUAGUACGACCAUGGGUCUUGCUCUUCAAGGAACCCAUUGUGUCGGUCCUGUCUAUAUAUAUGGCUAUUAUCUACGGAACCUUAUAUAUGCUCUUCGGCGCCUUCCCCAUAUGCUUUCAGGAGAGCCGCGGCUGGAGUGAAGGCACCGGCGGCCUUGCCUUCCUCGGUGUCGCCGUCGGGAUGAUACUCGCCACUAUGCUGGUCCCCCUCGGGAACAGGCACUACCUGCAGACCGCGGCGGAGCACGGUGGCAUUGCCCCUCCAGAAGCGCGGCUCAAAUCGGCCAUGGUUGGUGCUGUCACGAUCCCUGUGGGCCUCUUCUGGUUUGCAUGGACCAAUGGCCCAUCUAUUCACUGGAUCUCCAGCAUUAUGGCUGGCAUGCCUUUUGGAUUCGGUAUGGUUAUUAUCUUCCUUGCUAUAACGAGCUAUCUUAUCGAUGCUUAUACCAUUUUCGCCGCCUCAGCCCUCGCUGCAAAUUCAGUGCUCCGAUCGCUUUUUGGAUUUGCAUUCCCGCUCUUUACUAAGUAUAUGUACGAUAAUCUCGGUAUUCAUUGGGCGUCCUCUGUGCCUGCAUUCCUGGCUCUUGCAUGUCUACCGGCCCCAUUCUUCUUUUACAAGCGUGGUGCUGCUAUCCGGACACGCUGUCCCUUUGCUGCAGAGUCCGAAGCCAAGAUGCAAGGCAUACUCGAACACGGAAUGGUCCCGAAUUAUGAGGACGUUGUGGAAGCUCAUCGAAUGAUGGAGAGGGGGUCGUCAGAAGGAGGCGAUCGUUAG